GGAAGGCUCGCCUUGGAGCUCAGAGUAAGGCUGGGGCAGAGGAUUGGCUGGCUGUUCCGGGGCUCCGAGCGCUUUCUCCGGGGAACCGCGGCUGCGAUCGAGGUGGUUUGGGCUGGCUCGGAGCUGCGUGUGGCCCGCCUUGGGCAACCAGAACACCACAAUGGGCACCCCAGCCUCCGUGGUGAGUGAGCCACCCCCCUGGCAGGCUCCCACUGAGGCCCGGGGCCGCAAACAGGCCUCGGCCAACAUCUUCCAGGACGCUGAGCUGUUGCAGAUCCAGGGCCUGUUUCAGCGCAGUGGGGACCAGCUGGCCGAGGAGCGGGCCCAGAUCAUUUGGGAGUGUGCAGGGGACCAUCGUGUGGCAGAGGCCCUGAGGAGGCUGCGCAGGAAAAGACCCCCAAGGCAGAGGCCCCUGGCCCCAUCAUCGCAUCACUGCAGCCGGCUCAGCAGAAUCUCGGAGCCCUGUUCUCCACCUGCCAAUCCACAGAGCAGUGCCACAGAGACAACCUCCAGAGAGAAACAGCAGAACUCCAGGAGGACAAGUGCCAGGACCCAACGGAGCUGGAGAAAUCCCAGCCCCACGGCCUACCUUCACCAGAUCAGACACUGAUCCAGGGAAGGGGCCAGGAGUGGCAGGAUCUUCCCUAGGAGUCAUGGGACUUCGGCCAAAGGGCCUGGGGAGGUGAAGAAGGGAGACUGGAAGCAGGCAGCCCUACACAGGUAAAUGAAAGGAAGAGGCCUGCUCAGCUAGGAACAGGACUGCACUGUCCACUGGGCUCUGCACUACAUAGGACCCACUGCUCCUGUCUCAGACCUCUUGAACUAACACUACAUGGGCUGCAUAUUUCCCUGGGAGUGACAGGCACUCAGACAUAGCAUCUCACCACUUCUGUCUCUAACUAAUCCACUGGCUACUACUAUCACUCAAGAUCCAGAAGCCUGUCCCACAUGCCCAUGCUAUCAGGCCAACAUAAGGAAACCAUAGUUUAAGUGGCAAAUAAAAAAUUUACAUCAAGAA